AUGCAUUCUUGGACCUUACUUGGCGGGUUAUCUGCGGUUGGAGCUGUGAUUGCUCAAUCCACUUCAUUUGAGCCAGCCAAUUUCAAUGUCACCAACGCAUUGGAGGAUUUAGGCGUGAACGUUUCGGACAUCCCGGCCCUGCAAUCGCUGUCUAGUAUCCAAUCGCGGUCUAGCCAGACAUCUUGUUCCAUUGCGUGCGCAAGUCUGAGCUUCCUCUUUGGAUCUAAGGUGUCAGCUCAAACUACUGCGGGCUAUACGAACUUCACGAGUUCAUUCUGGUCUGUGCAGCAAGAAGAGGUCCAGCCUCGGUGUGUUUUCCGGCCUACUGCGAACACAGACGUCAGUACUGCAGUCUUGCUCUCCCGUCUGACUGGCUGUGAGUUUGCGGCCCGAAGUGGUGGCCACGCUGCCUUCACUGGAGCUUCCAGCAGACCAGAUGGAAUUAGUAUCUGGUUCAAGGAUAUGAACCAGGUCACUUUGAACAGUGACAAGUCUGUCGCCUCUAUUGGACCUGGAAAUAACUGGCUGUCGGUUUAUUCUGCUCUCGAGCCUUACGGCCUCGCUACUGUUGGCGGUCGUGCCUCCAGCAUUGGUGUUGGAGGCUUCGUGUUGGGUGGUGGUAUCUCUUACCACUCCAACUUAUAUGGAUGGGCUUGUGACAACGUUCAAAGCUUCGAGGUCGUUACUGCUAGUGGUUUGAUUGUCACUGCAAGUGAGUCCUCUUUCUCGGACCUCUACUGGGCUCUGCGUGGUGGUGGCAACAAUCUUGGUCUUGUCACCAAAUAUAACCUCUACACCAUCCCUGCGCCCGUUAUGCGUGGAGGUGCCAGAAGCUUCCUUAGAGGCACCGUCUCUGACUCUGACUCUGGUUUCGACGAUGUUAUCAACGCCUUCAUCAACGUCGCCAACAACGCCACCGUAGAUGGCCAUGCUCAACAAUAUGUUGCUUUCCUCCAGACCAGCGGAAUGGACCUCGCCUCCGCUGAGCUGACCUACACACUGAACGUCACUGACCCAGAAAUCUUCAAACAGUACAGAAGCAUUCCUGCAGUUUCUGAUGUUACAAGCACCAAGACCCUGGUUGAGUACGUCAAGUAUCUCGAGAACGAGAACCCCUUUGGUCUUCGUGAGGUAUACUGGCCCCUUGCCUUCCAGCUUGAUGAGGACUUCUCCAACUGGGUCGUCACACUGUUCUACUCGAUGAUUCCCCAGAUUGCCAAUGUCACCGGCGCCCAGCCCGUCAUCAUUUAUCAAGCUAUCACCGAGCCCAUGCUCAAAAACAUGAACAACCACGGUGGUAACGCUCUUGGACUCGCUGGCUCGACUGGCCCCGUUCAUCUGAUGCACAUUGCCUGCUGGUGGACAAACAAGUCCGAUGACGAGACCAUCUACAGCUUUGUCAACAGCUUCUGGGAGAAGGUCGUUGCACAGGCUAAGACCCUGGGUGUGUACAACGAGUACAUCUACAUGAACUACGCCAGCAUGUUCCAGGAUCCCGUCUCCGGUUACGGAGCGUCAAACAAGGCUCUGUUGAAAAGCAUUGCGAAGAAGUAUGAUCCCGCGCAGGUUUACCAAACGCUCCAGCCCGGUUACUUCAAACUUGAGGGUGCUCCCGUCACUGGCUCAUUCUGA